AUGACCAUCGUCAAAGGCGAGCGUUUCUACCUUGAUCUCGACUCAGACGAUGAAGAUCAUGCCCCAGACCGCAGCGUGCCUGUGAGGCCAUCUGCAGGCCCGGCCUUCGACUUCAUCGCCGAUGUGACUGAGAGACAGCCAUCGGCACCGAAGCCUCCAACGGCACCCACCUUCAAAAAGACCGCUUCUGGUUUUCCGGCACCCAAGACCAGACCUAGAGUGUCAGCGUUCAAGCAACAAAGGCACGGUAGUCAUCGGGAUAAGCAUGAGACUCUUGCUGCUCCCUCCUCGCUGUCCCCCACUGGUGGUCCAUCAAAAUAUAACGUAGAGCCCGAAAAUGAGAGUCCUGAAGCAAGAGAACGGCGUGAUAUUGAUAUGGAGAACAAACAACGAGUUGCACAAAUGUCACCUGAAGAGAUCGAAAGAGAGCGACAAGAGCUUUUUGCUGGUCUGAAUCCAUCCUUGAUUGAAAAGCUUCUCAAGAGGUCAAAUCUUGACGUAACCCGACAAGACUUCGCAAACACGACGGAGCCAAGCGCCUCGCCCUCUUCUCCAAGAGCAAUACCUGAUACUAUCAAAGAUGAUUCUGCAAGCGGCGAUGCGUCUGUCAAGCGUUCUCCGAAACAAAGUAAAUCCGUCACAUUUGCACCAGAAUCGGUACCUUUGGACGAGGAGACUAUAGCUACUAAGCAAACAGAAGGUAAGGGGAUCGAUCCAAACGAGAACUCACAGGCUCCUAAUCCUCCUGAUAUCCCUCCUCCGUCUUCUGUCCACUUCCCUCGCGCGCCGCAGCCCCCAGAUCUAGAUCCAGACGACCCCUCUUUCCUUGACAACCUUCAUGAGAAGUACUUCCCGGACCUGUCCUACGAUCCAUCCAGUCUUUCUUGGAUGGCUCCGAUCGACGCCGCGAAACCUUCGUCAUAUUCUUUGACUCAAUCCAGCCUCAUGAUCUCCGCCCUUCGGUUCUCGUUCAAAGGAGCCUUGAUACCCCCUACAAAAGCCGUUGAGAUCCCAGUCACUGAGGGACUUCACCACCAUGGUGAGGCCCCAGAGGCUGCUGGAUACACAAUACCAGAACUUGCCAUCUUGGCGAGGAGUGCCGUCGCAGCACAGCGCUGUAUGGCAUAUCAAACUAUGGGUCGUCUCCUUUACAGACUGGGUAAAGGUGAAUUCGGAUCAGAGGGAGAAAGAAAAAGGUACAACGUCACAGCCGUGGAUGCUGAAGGAGGCGAGAUUAGAGAAGAGGCAGAUGAAGAGGAUGACGAUAGAUCCGGACUGGCCAAAGGUCUCUGGGAGUGCAUUGAAGAACAUAACAUCAUUGGGAUAUUGAGCGAAGAAGCAAACAAGACAAAAGGGCAUAUGAGUUCAAUCUCGUACGCGCAGGAGGCUCUCUGGAAUUGGCGACAGGGCGGAGGUAGACAAAGGAAAGCCGUGUGA